CUCUUUAUCCGCUGACAUUAGAUAUAUCACCGAUUUCGAGAUUGUCAAGCAAUGGAACAUCAUGCACAAGGCCGCCACGGCAAUGCAUCUACCUCUCGCACAACGUCUGGGAGCGCUUGACGAGAUUAUGACUGCCUUCAGCCGCUACAGCUGGUCUGGACCUGGUCGCAAAGAAGUGGCCUCUUCAGACUUGUCCAAGUGGGCAGCGGUACCUGGCUUGCACAACCCCUUCACGACCAACCUCUGCUAUACUGGACAAGAUUUCCAAGACACCCUGCGACGCACAUCGAUUGCGCUUGUAGCUCGCUCAGCAGCCUUGCGCAUCGAGUCAUCCACAAUUGAACGAGGUAACUUUGGAACAACCGAAGAACGCGAGCAGCGACUGACGCGUGCUGAUGAACUGGUACAAAUCGCUCAUUUUUGCCUCAGUGAAGCAGCCAUCCCACCCUUCUCUUGGCUGUUGCUUGGCUUAUUUUGUUCAUGCGAAAUGUACAACCUUAUGUGUGAGUCUGGAGAUCCACGAGUGACGUGGACAAAGUCGUUGCUUGCCACCGUCACCACACGUAUGGGCUUCACACCAUCGAAAAUCAAUGAGUAUAUUCGCAGCGUCAAGUCCAUGGAAGGUUUCGAUCUCGCGCCGAUGAUUGAGCCUCGCGCCAUCAGGCCAACACAUCAAUUACCGCAGCUGCCGGCCAAUAUCCUUCCCGGUCAAAGGACUUCACAGGAUCUCAGUGGCAUGUCAGACACACUGAGUCUACGCCGACCAUCUUUUGCAGGCUCAACCACAUCGUCACUUGCAGGAGGCCCAUUGUCUGUAGACAUGGCUGGCAGUAGUGUUCUUGGUGUUCCAUUACCAACAGUCGCUGUGUCACCUUUGCCAAGCAGAAUUCGACGCGACUCGUCCACUUCCAACAAGUCGUUUCGUUCAGAAACCCAUCCACCGAGUGUCUCAGGCGACGCUGACUUGGUGCCACAGCCAGUGAUGCUACCUGGUCUAUCAGAAAUUGAUCCUGCCUUGGAUGAUGCCAAUUUUGCGAAACCAUUUCAUCACACCCAUAGUGCGAGUCAGGCACAAAGUAAUGCAUAUCAGCCGCAUCCAGCACCUGCAUCACAAGCUGGCAAGACUAGUGGGAAGCAUGCUGAACCUGUGCCGGGCGCGCAGGAUUCCGCGAUGGCUUCUCCAAGCCCGACCUUGAAGCAGGAGUCAAUACCUGAUUGGAUGCAGGUUGUAAGGAACCAAGGCAGGGCGUAAAUCUUUAGGGCUAUUUAGGCUUGCAAUGUCGAAUCGACAGUACGUACUAAACAUAUUGCAUGAAGCAUUCUAGGAGCUGCCAAAGAGUGUGCUGACCCGCAUGAUCUGUAACCACACAACAAUCAAGCCGACCCCUGAACUUUUCGACAGC